AUGGACUGUGUUCUGGAAGGAAAUGCUGUAAAAGCAUUUGGAAAAGCCAUUCACUCCCUGUCAAGGAUUGGAGAUGAGCUUUGUUUGGAUCCCAUGAAUAAAGGGCUGGCGCUGAGAUCUGUGAAUUCGGCUCAUUCUGCGUACGCCUGCUUCCUCUUCUCACCGAUGUUCUUCACGAAAUACUGCCUGGGUCCAGAUCAGGGCAGUGAAAAAGUCCAAUGCAAACUGCUCAUGAAGUCUAUUCUACCUCUUUUCCGCUGUUUGGCUUCCAUUGGGCGUAAUGUGGAGCAAUGUCAGAUACAGGUCAACACUCCCAAUGACAGAGUGAAGAUCCAGUUCUUCUGCAGACACGGCAUCACUAAGACACACAACCUGUGUUACCAGGACAGUGAGGCUCUCCAGGCAGUGUUUGCUUCACACCUCUGUCCCAAUGUGCUGAAAGCUCCCGCCAGGCUUCUCGGUGACAUGGUGAUGCACUUCCCCGUUUACCAGGAGGAAAUCACUCUGUCCAUCACUCCUCUGAGAGUCAGUCUGAGAAAUUACUUUGAGGGGGCAAAUGAUCACAUGAACAUUAUGUACACCGAGAUGUCUCUACACCCAGACGAGUUUGACUACUUUCUGAUCGGAGUGGAAUCGGAUAUAACUUUCUGUCUGAAGGAGCUCAGGGGUUUGCUGUCCUUCGCAGAGUCACAUUGCCUUCCAGUGUCCAUCCACUUCGGUGCUGCAGGAAAGCCUGUGUGUUUCUCAGUGGAUGACAUGAUCCUGGAGGCCACCGUAGUGCUGUCCACUCUGGUCAACUCUGAGAGCAGGGGCCCCUCUCAGCUUGCAGAGACCGCUCCCAGGUGUGCAGAUGUUGUAUCCGAGUCUCCAGGUGAGGCAGACUGCAGGACAGCUGUUCCUGCUGCGAUGGAGAUGAUAGCCUCCAGUCAGGGCAGCCCCAUCACCCACCUCCCCGCUCUGCUGCUGCUCCCGACUUGCACUGAACCCCCCCACUACCAGGAGGAGGCGCACACCACCCCUGCCUCCACGCUCUGCUCGCUGCUGUUCAGAGCGCUGUCCUCCGAGACGGGGGAGGGACUUCCUGUCCUGGUGUGUUGCAGCGAGGAAGAGGAGUCUGAGGAGGAAGAUGUGAUGAGGAGCCCAACACUCUGAUAACAGCAGGACACGACAUUUAACUGCUGUUUGUUAUUUAUUUAAAGAUUUGCAAGCUAAAGUGUUGCUUAGCUUUUUCAAAUUGGUUUUAAACAGUUCCCUGAAAAUGUUCUGUUGGAAAUGUACAAUAAUUAUUUAUAGAAGAAGGAAUUCAUCCUAAAUCAGUGUGUGAAAUAUUUCUGUCAUAGCAUGAGGGGAUAAAGUGAACACAAUAUACAUACAAUAUAUAAACAACAACAACAACAACAACAAAAGACAAGGGGAGUUUUCUGGAAAAACAAAGUAUGAGGACGAUAACAAAUUAAGCCCCGCCCACUAUCCGGUAAAUCCUGCAUCAGAGCAAAGCUGAAAAUAAUAGUGUCUUCACGUCUCAAAGCUGCUGAGUCAUAUAUCGCACCUCCAACAACAAAUAGAUCCAGAGCUCCGGUUCCUUUACUUCCUCUCCAGAAAGAAGGAGAGCAAAACAAAGGAUCAGAAAUCUCAGUCUCAGUGUCAGCCUGCUGCCUGACACUCGUCCCCCGCAGACCCACCGGACAUCCAUCCCCUAUUUACUCUCUGUAAGCUGUCUCUGCCGUCUGACCAGACACCUGACCCCAUCUCCAUAUCUCUGGACUCAGUAAACCCUUUCUGACCAACAGAGAGAUUGUUUUGUGGCAUCACUUUAACAUUUCAGGGGGAGAAUCUGUUACUUGGAUUGAGUGUGCACGCCCACAGUGAAAGGGCGCAGCACAUUUACUUAUAAUUAAAUUAUACAAUAAGCCAAAUCUGAAUCCAUUAUAACUCUGUUUAUAAAGCAUUGUAGAUGCAGUAUGGGCGUUGUGGAAAAUGCUACAAUCACAAUUUAUUUUUUGGCCUCGUCUCUGAAAACAUGACCUCAUGCCGAAGAUGCCACACCUGUCUGAUGGUAGUGUGUCUCACGUCUGAGGAAUUUGGGACACACACACACACACAGAGUACAAGACGUUCUUAAGUGUUUAAUUAUGGAGAUGAGCGAGAUAAACACUAGAAGCACAGUGUGUGAUAAUAAUUCCUACACAGAGAAAAACCAACCCUCGAGCAUCAAGGAAAGAAGACAAAACACGUGGAAUACAAAAGGGUAAUAAAUACUAGACUCUUUAUUUAAAUAUUGUACAGAUCUGAAAAGGUUCUUUUUAACGGAGCUUCAUGGAACUGCACACGCAGAAAUAUUUACAGACACGUGCUCCUUUGUAACAGAGGGUUUGAGAGACGUCAGGCAGGAAGCGCAGUGGCAGCUGACAGAAACCCGGCUGCUAAGAUUGUCCUCAGUCCUAAAAUAUGUAAAGAGGUACAUCUGUUCAUCCACCUGGACCCUGUGUUCCUGUAGUUUGAGUUGGAUUGGGCCUCUUUUGUAACAGGUGAACCACUUGUUAUUUUUUUGAAUUAUUAAGGUUUAAACAAGACUUCAGUUGUUGUUGUUUUACAGUAAAGGUUUGACUCACUUCUUAUAAAUGCUCUGAUGUAACAACCAUAUGUUAUUGCAGAGCCCAAAGUUAAAUCAAAAGUAAAAAUAUUUCAGGAUUCACACUUUUGUGUUGUAUUUUGAACAAAAUAAAUGUAUAAAUCAGUAAAUAAAAAGUCUAAAUAAUAACAACGGCUCAAUUUCAGAAGUGGAAGAUGUUCUCGGGUCUUUUACUCAAGUAAAUACUUUUGUCCAAAACUACUCCAUUACAAGUUAAAUUAGGCAGCAUUGAGCUAAUUUAACUUAAAGUAUGAAAGUACUUAAUGCAC